GAGUCUCCAGGGCCAUGUCCUUGGCAUGGACAAGGAGAUGCAAAAGUCAAGCCCUAAUGUGGCCUAUAUAACGGACUCCUUGGCAAGGACGUUUCCCACACGGAGGUUGUGGGUCACAAGUCUUAACCCAAGUGUGGCGGAAAUCGUGGAAAAAUAUCCUGCUUUGAAGUGCGGCACCUUUCUCCAACAGGAGUUCACGGCAGCAACAGGCUGCACAAUAGAAGACAAGCUGCUGGAGGGGCUGUCCAACAGCAGCCUACGCAUCUUGGAGGCUGCCAGAAAGAAGAGGCACCUUGCCGCGUUCUUCGACGACCUCGACGGUCGUGCUGCAGGAGUGGACGCUGGUCCAGAAAAUGAUGUCUUGACCAUGGCUGCAUUGUACGUUUUGCCAUGCCUGGUGAAGGAAAGAAGUUUGACCUUUCUCCACCCAGAUGACCCAGCAGAACUUCCACCGUACCCGACGGUGGAUUAUGAGGGAGAUUUUUACCAGGCGGCGUCGUUCAUCGUUUCCGUCGAUGAACUGCGGAUUGAGGAAGCGACACUGUUGGGUGCCAUCAGUACAAUGAUGGCCAUGUACUGGGUAUUUAAUAUGGAGUUUUUACCAAAAUCGUCGAAGACGCUCCAGCUGCUGUCCCAUAUGGUACCCAGCACUCGUACUGAAUGGAAACAGAUCGCAGAGAAGUACGAAGAUCUCUGGCAGUUCCCUGACUGCGUUGGGGCGUUAGAUGGGAAACAUGUUGCCCCGAUGCCACCUCACGACUCCGGAGCUCAGUUCCGGAACUACAAGGGCUUUUUUAGCAUUGUGUUGAUGGCACUGGUGGAUGCGGACCUGAACUUCGUCUUUGUGGAUGUGGGCCGCAAUGGCCGAAUGAACGACAGUGGCAUCUGGGGUGCCUGCAAGCUCAAAGAGGCACUGGAGAAGGAGCCAACCAUCCUUCCUGAUGCUCAAGUGCUUCCACGAUCAACACAAGCAGCACCCUAUGUGAUUGUGGGGGAUGAAGGUUUUGGCCUGAAGCCUUACCUAAUGAGGCCACACCCUGCUGCAGAGCUCACUACAGAGAAGCGGUUGUUCAACUACAGGCUGUCACGUGCUCGACGCACAUCGGAGAACGCAUUUGGCGUGUUCGCCAAUCGAUGGCAGAUAUAUAGGUCUCCCUUGCGUCAUGAUCCCGAGCGAGCCACCGACAUUGUGCUGGCCACUGUGGCACUCCACAACUUUCUCCGGUCGAAAAGGACGACGCGACAGCUCUACACUCCUUCAGAGAGCUUGGAUGUCGAGGACAUCCUGACCGGGAAUGUGCGCAGUGGCUCAUGGAGACAGGGUGUGAGCCCAGCUGGAGCAAUGCGGCAGUUCCGGAGAGGUGGGAGAAACUGCAGUGACUAUGCCAAGGCAGUGCGGAACCUCUACACAAACUACUUCGUCAACGAGGGACAAGUGAGGUGGCAGUGGCAAAUGAUCACUUAA